AUUUUAGCAUAAUUAAACCCUAAAAUGGAGCAAUUAAACCUGAAAACUCACACCAGCGUUUGGGGUUUUCUUGGCUGUCUGUUGACUUUCGGAAAUUAAAAGAACAACAGAAAAACGCGUAAUCCACAAAUUCAGACCAAAGACCUUCCAGUUCCAUAGCUGCUUGUUUGACCCUGUAAGCAUAUUUUUCAAGAAAAUCCUUCAUUUUAUGAUCUGUUUCUUGAUUCUUCUCUUUGCAUCCCCAGUAGUUUCGCAGAGAUCGAGACAGGGGACAAUAUCAUGGAGAUGGAGGAUUCAGCUUUACUUUACGAAGCAGCAGCCAGGGGAUGUAUGACAACCUUAAACACAUUGAUCCAAAAAGACAAACUCAUUCUUCACAGAGUUUCACUUACCUCUUUCACUGAAACACCUCUACAUGUUUCAGCUUUGCUAGGCCAUCUUUGUUUUACCAUAACUAUUCUAGAAUUGAAUCCUGGGUUGGCAUCGGAGCUCGAUUUCCGCCAACGCUCUCCGCUUCACUUGGCUUCUGCUGAAGGCCACACUGAGAUUGUCAAAGCUCUGUUGCGUGUCAGAGAUGGUGCUUGUUUGGCUCGUGAUCAAGAUGGUAGAAUUCCUCUUCAUUUAGCUGCCAUGAGAGGCAGAAUUCAGGUUAUUCAAGAAUUAGUCACUGCCUGUCCUGCAUCGGUUUCGGAACUGCUUGAUGGAGACACAGUUUUACACUUGUGUGUCAAGUAUAACCAUUUGGGGGCUCUGAAGCUCUUAGUAUUGAUCAUGGAGGAAGAAGAUGAGAUUGUCAAAGAAAAUCAGGAGGGAAACACAAUCUUGCAUUUAUCGGUCAGGCUAAAGCAAUCCAAGACUAUAAGGUACUUGCUUUCGCUACCAGGAAUAAAAUCCAGAGCAAAUGCCUUGAAUGGAAUGGGUUUGACUGCCUUGGAUGUAUUACAGCUGGGCUCCAGGGAUUACAGAACUCUAGAAAUUCAGAAUCUUUUGAUUGAAGCUGGUGCUAGAAGAUCCAAGGAGCUAACUAGCAGCAAUUUCACGCUUAUGCCUAAUAGUGGAGCAAAAAGUGCUAGUUCUUCUGCUGCUAUUUUUCCUAGUAAAUCAUCGCGAAAAUCAAAAUCUUGGUUUAGCAAAUGCAUGAGAUUAUUAGAAUAUGACAGGGAAGAAACACGAGGCGCAUUGAUGAUAGUAGCUACUGUAAUAGCAACCAUUACUUUCCAAGCUGCAUUAAACCCUCCUGGUGGUGUGUGGCAACAAAAUUAUACAAAUAACUUAGGUGGUCCUGCUUGCAGUGACACAAAUGUAUGUGAAGCUGGUACUUCUGUCUUAGCUUAUGCCAAUCCAGAAGCCCAUAUUACUUUCUUGACUUACAAUAGCGUUGCAUUUGUUGCUUCUCUCAGCGUCAUCGCUUUGAUUGUUGGAGGAUUUCCUCUUCGAAACAAGUUCUGUGUGUGGCUUCUUGCGCAGGCCAUUUUCGUCACAGUAACAUUCUUGGCGUUCGGAUACCUAGUAGCAAUUGUUACAGUGACCCCAUCAAGUCUUAGAAACAGACUCAGAAACCUUUAUUUCAAGUUAUAUUGGAUUUGGAUUGGAGUACUUCUAUUGGCUUCUCUGAUUGAAGCAAUUCGUUUUAUUGCUUGGACAGUGAAGAAGCUGCGCAGGUGUUGGCGUAAAAUCUUGAAAGCAUACACGAGAACAAAAGGCUUAUGUCUCUUACAGAGGGAAUGAUCAAUUUGUAGAGUUGUAGGACAAACUUUGAAUCGUAUUCAAAUAUCUCUUUGUUCUUUUAGUGAAUAAACAAAUGGAUAUCAUAGUUCAGGUCAAUGCUGUAAUUAUGAACUCUUACGGUUACAAGAGUCCGAGUUUAGGUAACACAUACAACAAACAUAUUAUUAUCAAGAUGAAAGAGUAGCAUAAGUUAGUUAGCUACAGCUUCUACUUGCACUUUUCAUAUGGAAAUAUAUUAAUGAGCAUUUAUAUA